UUACAUACAGAGGGGCCGUGUGUUUGGGUCUUCUCAGAACUGCUACAACAAACGCUAGCUGUUGUUGUGAUUGUACGCGAUACGGUUGUUAACUCUCUCUAUCUCUUUCUCUCUCUGCAGAAGAGAAUCGAUCAAGUGUGUGUGAGUCUUGCUUGGUUGCUUUUGUGGGGGAGAUGGUGAGGACUGAUUGAUUUUGAGAGAGAAAGAGAGAGGGAGGGAGGGAGGGGGAGAGAUGGGGGCUUGUGUGUCGACGCCGGACGGUUGUGUCGGUGGGAAAUUGAGGUCGUCGAAGAAGAACAAGAAGAGUAAUUGGAAGAGAAGGAGAAUUCUAAAGAGGAGAUUGCCGUCUGGAUUAUAUGACCGAUCUCUGGAUACUGCUGAUAAGUCCGUCCCAUCUGACCGUCGCUCCUCCUUCACAAAUCCGGCUUUGCAUGUUGGAAGCAUUGAUGAAGCAUGGUUUGACUCUGCUGCUAUAUUUGAGUCUGAUUGUGAGGAUGAUUUUGUAAGCAUUCCUGAUGAUGUGCUAUCACUUAAUGGCUUGGAGGGUAUGGUCAAUGUACAACACACUUCCUCCAGUGAUCAGAUACAGAAACCAGGGGAUUUAUCAAUAGGGAACUCUGCAUGCAGCUUAGUUAGUGAGGUUUCUAAACAUUCAAAUGUACAGGUCAUAAGUUCUGAGGAUGUUGAUGCCCAGCGAAAAUCUGAUGGGCGUUCAAAUGAAGGAAAUCAGCCUGUGUUCAUUGAUGAAAUUUCCUCCUCUGCGGAUGAAAGUUACCGCAAAGAGGAAGGAAUACUGGACAAUUGUGGAAUUCUUCCAAGCAAUUGCUUGCCUUGUAUUUCCACUGUUCCAUCAGUUGAAAAGCGAAGAUCUCUUAGCUCUAGCCCUCCAAGCACAAGGAAAAAGGCUGCCGUAAGACUGUCGUUCAAAUGGAAGGAAGGACAGAGUAGCAAUACCUUAUUUUCUUCAAAGGAGCUCCUGCAAAACCCAGUUGCUGGUAUGCAAGUACCUUUUUGUCCAAGAGAGAAGAAAAUUCUCGACAGUUGGUCUUUCAUUGAGCCUGGCUCUUUCAAAGUUCGGGGAGUGACUUAUCUUAGGGACAAGAAGAAGGAAUUAGCUCCAAACCAUGCUGCAUACAAUCCAUUUGGUGUUGAUGUAUUCUUGUCUCCCCGAAAAAUUGACCACAUUGCUCGUUUUGUGUCACUUCCUGCUUUUAAUUCUUCUGGGAAACUCCCACCUAUCCUUGUUGUAAAUGUUCAGAUUCCAUUAUAUCCUGCCACCAUUUUUCUGAAUGAAACUGAUGGAGAAGGAAUGAGUAUUGUUUUGUAUUUCAAGCUUUCUGACACUUAUGCUAAGGACCUUCCAUCUCACUUUCAAGAACAUAUCAGAAGAUUGAUUGAUGACGAGGUUGAGAAGGUAAGAGGUUUUCGUGCAGAUACAACUGUACCCUUUCGGGAAAGGUUAAAGAUAUUGGGCCGUGUUGGAAAUGUUGAAGAUCUCCAUUUAAGUGCGGCGGAGAGGAAGCUUAUGCAGGCUUACAAUGAAAAACCAGUUCUUUCACGGCCUCAACAUGAAUUUUAUUCGGGAGAAAAUUACUUUGAGAUUGACAUAGAUAUGCACAGAUUCAGCUAUAUUUCUAGGAAAGGUUUUGAAGCAUUCUUGGAUAGACUAAAGAUCUGCAUCUUGGAUGUUGGCCUCACUAUUCAGGGGAACAAAGCUGAAGAGUUGCCAGAGCAGAUCUUAUGUUGUAUACGAUUGAAUGGAAUUGAUUAUAUGAAUUAUCAUCAACUGAGGUUGAAUGAAGAUCCCCUUUGAUCAUACACAUACUUUUUGAUGUAAGGCGCAAAAUAAAUAAAAUCUAAUUUAACAGAAAUCUUCGGCUUAUAUCUUGUGUAUCUUAAACAAUGGCAUGAACACACAUGUUUGCACAUGAGAAUCAGGGAGAGAGUGGUUAUCGUUUAACACUUGUAUUAAACGAUAAUAUCUUAAUUAGACGCUAUUGCGCAAGUUUUACUA